CCCCGGAGCGUCCUGCCGGGAUGUUGUGCGUCGGCUACCGGGGCCGACGCUACCGACCCCUUUCUGGUGCGGCCGCCUGCACAUCCGGUGCCCAAGAGGUUCCGGCUGCACCAGAUAAUAGAUGAUUGAAGAGAGACCUCCACUUCAAGUUCUCAUCUCUACAUGGCAUUAUAAAUGUAAUAGAAAGAUAUAGAUGGAUUAGAUAAAUAUAGUUGGAUUUGGAAAUAGAUAGAUAGAUAGGUACAAGUGCCAAGCAAGACAACAGUAGACCCAAAGUAUUAUCCAAUCUGCAGAAUUGAGCUGACAAAAUUUAAUUAGUGGAUGCUCUGAUAACCUGAUGGCUCUAAAUUAACUUGGACUUCAAACCAAAGUUAUCGUUCAAUCAAAGCGGGAGGAAAAAAAAAGAGGACACUGCAUGACUUGACUAUGGAAUACCGUUUCCGAAUAGCUAAAGUGUGACUGGAAGCCUAAUGAAUUUCAACCACAGAGAUUCAGAGAGCAUCACUGAUGCCUGCUCCAGUGAGGAUGUUCGUGAAAUAGAGUUAGUGAGCAUGCUAGAAGAACAGUUACCAGAGUAUAAGCUACGAGUGGACUCUCUGUAUCUGUAUGAGAACCAAGAUUGGAUCCAGUCCCCAGCCUGUCCUACCCAUGUGCCUGAGACCAUCUCUCCAGUCCAUGCUGAGGAGACCUUUCGUUACAUGUCUCUUCCCGAACUUCCCCCCUCCUCUUUAGCUGGACCUCACACAUUUUCAAAAGUUCUGGGCACAGACAACGAAGAGCAGAUAACAAAAACAUACAGUGAUGUUGACCUGCUCAAACAUCUGUUAGCUGAGAGGGAUCGGGACCUGGAGCUCGCAGCCCGGAUUGGACAAGCUCUUCUUAAGCGGAACAAUCUCCUGACAGAACAGAACGAAGCAUUAGAAGAGCAGCUAGGACAAACCUUAGACCAAGUUAAUCAGUUGCAACAUGAACUAUCAAAGAAAGAUGAAUUGCUUCGUAUUGUCUCAAUUGCUUCUGAGGAAAGUGAGACAGACUCCAGUUGCUCAACACCACUUCGGUUCAAUGAGUCCUUCAGUGUGUCACAUGGUCUCUUGCAGCUGGAUAUUUUGCAGGAUAAACUCAGGGAACUGGAGGAGGAGAACCUAGCUCUCCGAUCAAAGGCUUGCCAUUUAAAGACAGAAACAAUUACAUAUGAAGAAAAGGAGCAGCAGCUAGUCAGCGACUGUGUUAAAGAGCUCCGUGAGUAUCCAGGAGAAACAAAUGUUCAUAUUGCUAGAAUGACAGAGGAGCUAUCGGAAAAGAGUGAGGAGUUGGUUCGCUACCAGGAAGAGAUCUCAUCCCUUUUGUCUCAGAUUGUUGAUCUUCAACAUAAACUCAAAGAGCAUGUAAUUGAAAAAGAAGAACUGAAGCUUCACCUGCAGGCUUCUAAAGAUGCCCAGAGGCAGCUUACAGCAGAGUUGCAUGAGUUACAAGAUCGGAAUGCGGAGUGUCUGGGGAUGUUGCAUGAAUCGCAAGAAGAAGUAAAGUAUCUGCGCAGUAAAGCCAGCUCUGCUUCUCUUUGCCGACCCCACUCAUGCGGAACGUUUCCUGUGGAAUCUCUUGCAGCAGAGAUUGAGGGGACAAUGCGUAAGGAGCUGAAUGUGGAUGAAGAAUCUGCCCUUUCUAAACAAAAGGUUCAGCAAAAGCGGGUAUUUGAUACUGUCAGAGUUGCUAAUGUCACACGUGGUCGCUCUUUCUCCUUUCCUGCCCCACUACCGAUCCCAGGAUCUAAUCGUUCAAGCGUUGUUAUGACAGCAAAGCCCUUUCAAUGUGGCUUACAUCAGUUGGAGAGCAAGGUACAGCUGGCCAGAAGGAGCAAUUCGGAGGAAAUCGCGAAGGAUACCUCAAAACUGGGCCAGCCUGGAACCACAGCAGAUAAUGAUUUAACUACAGCUCUGCAUAGACUCUCCCUUCGUCGGCAGAACUACCUGAGUGAAAAGCAGUUCUUUGAGGAGGAAUGGCAGCGCAAGAUGUGUUCACUGGUUAACCAGAAAGAAGAGAGUAGCAGUUGCAGCACACCAACAGAGAGUUCCCUUUCCUUGGGGACAAACUCAGAACUCAUGGACUUUUCUGGGAGCUGUAGCAGCUUCCGUAUGUUCAUGCCAGAGAAACUACAAAUUGUGAAACCUCUUGAAGGAUCUCAGACCUUGUUUCACUGGCAGCAACUUGCUCAACCCAACUUGGGCACCAUCCUUGACCCACGACCAGGUGUUGUCACAAAAGGCUUCACUCUACUGCCUGAGGAUGUUGUCUACCACAUCUCUGACUUGGAAGAGGAUGAUGAGGAAGAAGGGGAAGGAGGAAUAACUUUUCAAGUGCAACAAUCCUUUUUGAAGGAAAGGACAUGUCCAGUGCCAAAGCCAGUGCCAGGGAUCUUUCUGCCAUCUAUUACUUCAGCAACAGUACCACUCACUGCCUCAAACCCGGGGAAGUGUCUCUCCUCCACUAACUCCACCUUCACCUUCACUACGUGCAGGAUCCUUCACCCCUCUGACAUCACUCAGGUUACCCCCAGUUCCACAUACAUACCACUGUCACUUGGAAAUAGUGGCAGCAGUACUGUCAACACAAUGGUCAGCUCCCCAGCCCUGUCUUACAGACUGAGUAUUGGAGAAUUUCUCACCAAGAGGAGAGACUCUACUACCACCUUCAGCAGCACUAGCAGUCUGGCUAAACUCCUGCAAGAACGAGGCAUUUCUGCCAAGGCUCAUGAUAAUCCCAUCUCAGAACAACUGCCUCUGCUACAGCCCCCACAAACCCUUCCCAUUCCUUCCACUCCACCAAAUUCUCCUUCUCAUUCUUCUCAUCUUUCCCCCUUGCCAUUUGAGUCUCGAGCACAUCUCUCUGAAAAUUUCCUAGCAUCUCGACCAGCUGAAACAUUCUUGCAGGAGAUGUAUGCCCUGAAGCCAUCCCAUAACCCUCCUGACGUAGGCCAACUGAAGAUGAACCUGGUGGAAAGGUUGAAGAGGUUGGGUAUUGCCAGAGCAGUUAAACCCCCUGAAGCAGGGGGCAAUGGAAAAAAUGAAGGGCCAGAAAUUGGCCUGAGAAAGCAAGACUCUGCUGUCUUCUUAAGUGCAGGUAGCAACUUAAUGGGAGGACUGAGAAGGAAUCAGAGUCUUCCAGUCAUGAUUGGGGCCCUUGCAGCUCCAGCUUGCACAUCCUCAUCAAAAAUGGGCAUCUUGAAGGAAGACGGAUUUACCCGAAAGUGACAGACUUUUAGCAGGAGAGAUGAUACAUAAAGGGUACAUAUCUGAUAUAGGCACGGAUUAAUAUGUAACAGCUGCAGAAGGCACGUGCAUGUCGAAAGGUGUAAGAGAAGGGAAAGUAGAGGAGCUGAGGAAGAGGUGUGCACACACACACACAAAGAUUUGAAGAAGAAAGUAUUAGAAAGAGAGCAAAGGAAAGAAAACCAAAGCCAAGCCUUGAGGUCCUUCAUGCAUCUUAGUAGUUUGAACAAAAGGAAAAAACAGAAACAGGCAUUUAUUGCUAUUUGUACCUUUAAGCUGGUGUCUGAGGACAUGAUGUAUUGUAAUGUUUUUUUUCAUUUUUCCACAUUAAUGGUAUUACUUUAGCAAUUUGUAGUGGUCAUAAUGGGCCAUUUAGAUGCUUUUGUUUCUUUUAGCGCUAUAGUUGUUUUGUGCGAGACAAAAAUAAUAGAUGCAAAUCCCUCUUCUUAGUGAGCAGCAAGUACAGAACAACUUAUUUUUUUCUGGGGGAGGGCUCGUUUCCAAUUCAGAAACUUAAUUCUGUAUAGAAAACACUAUUUCCAUUUGAAAACAGAAAUUGGGGUCAGGAUUUUUAUUUUUGGAUAAGUCCAAUGGUGCUAGUGGCGUAUUAAGAGAAUAGUUUCUUUUCAAACUUUCUGAAGGCUGUUAGAAGCACACUGAAGGAAGUGGAGUCAGGAAGACUGAAUCAGGAGACUGCAUAUUACAGGAAAAACUUUUAUGUCAAGCUAGGAAAAUUUUCCAAAGUAUACUAUGUAUAUUUUUAAUGAGAACUUUUAUUUGCACAAAAAAAUCUCAGGCACACUUUUAUAUUACAAAAGGUAGUAAAACCUAGGUGCUUGAUUCAGGUAUUACUUGUACUUCUAUCAAACAGGGAACAUAACAGAAGAUAAGAGCAGUUCUAUGACUGAUUCUUCUCUUGAAAUAUGGAUAGUCUCUACAUUUUGAGAGAACAUUUUCUAAAAGGCAUACACAUAAUGCAUUUCACAUUUAAGUCCACUUCUCUCAGUCUAGGUAGGAUUCUCUUAAACAGAUUUCAUUGAAAAAACAAUCCAGGAAAACUGUUCUCUAACUAUGUAGUGCAAAAACAGAUGUUCAAGACUGGCACUAAAGCAGAAAGUAAGAUUAGAAACUAGUGCUUUUGGUUGCUACUUUUAUUAGAAGAUGAUCUGUAUCUUCUUUGGAGAGCAUUUCCGAACCUGUUUCUCAAUGAAACUAGUAAGAGACACUUUGUGCAUUGCAAAAUUUAGUUCUGUCCUUUGUAUGUCAGUUGACGGGACACUUCAACCCAUGUUGUGUCAGAUUUGGGGAACAUUCUAGCUGUAACUAAGCAUAAGAAGUUGAUUCUUUGCUGAGGUUCUAGGCAUAUUUGAAUGAUCUAUUCCAGAAGUUGGCAACCUUACAGGAGCAGCAGGCCGUAUUAGGGCAGUCUGCCUUCCCUUGCCAUCUGCCUGCCCAGCUGCCUUCGCCCUUGCUAGCUGCACGUUCCUAUUCCAUGUUCCCCCUUUACUGCCCACUCCCUUUGCCAGCUCCCCA